CUCGCCCGAUAGGGUUUACACUUCACAUUACACGUUCUGAAAUCUAUCAAACUCCCCUGCUCCCAGAAAACACCGCUUUUAGAAACCAAUCUGUAUAAACCUUCGCGGGCGAUCUUUCUUCAGGUAUUUGUUCAUUUCUUCCUCUCUCAGACACACGCAAGGAUACUUCCGCAGAAUUUUCUCUUUUGUCUGAUAGUUCAGGCUGCCUUGUUGGGAAGUUGAAGUAUUGUGUAUGUGCUGGCAUGGCAACUAAUCCACCGCCAUCUGGUGCACAGCCUCUUCGGCCACAUCCAGGUGGACCCAUGGCGCCCCAUGGUUAUGGUUCGUUUCCCAUGCAAUUUCAACCUGGAGCACCUGCACAACAAGGACAGCCGUUUGCUCCACCUGUACAAAUGCCAAACAUUGGUAUGGGUCCUGGACAAAGUCAAGCAAUGCAAUUUUCUCAACCAAUGCAGCAUUUUCCUCCACGCCCUGGUCACAUACCUUCAUCCCAGCCAAUUCAGAUGCAACCAAAUAUGCCUAUUCCAUCUGCGUCAAUGCAGCCUCAACAAAUGAUUCCUUCUGGGAAUAAUCACAUGCCUGGUUUUGCAGCAUCUUCUUUUGGCCAGACAAACAGUGGCAUCAACAUGUCAUCCCAGAUAAGUACACCAGCAUUCACAGCUGGAGGACAACCCUGGGUGCCACCUGCAAAUCAGAGUGCACCUAUGCAGCAUACCAGUCAGCAACCCUCAGCCUUUGCUCCUGCAGUUGCGGCUGCUAAUACUCAGAAUAGUGCUGAGCAGUCGACAUCUGAUUGGCAAGAGUAUGAGGUCUCAGGAAGAAGGUAUUACUACAACAAGAUUACAAAACAGUCUAGCUGGGAGAAGCCUUUGGAAUUAAUGACACCUCUAGAGAGAGCAGAGGCAUUAACUGGUUGGAAAGAAUUCACAACUGAAAAUGGCAGAAAAUAUUACUAUCACAAAGAAAAGAAGGAGUCAAAAUGGGAAAUACCUGAGGAAUUAAAGUUGGCCCGCGAACAAGCUGAAAAAGCAGCUGCUCCAGGAUCACAGGGUGAUGCAGGCUUGACAUCUAAAGUUGCAAUUGGUGCAGCUGGCACCUCAACUGAACAACAAUUUACUGCUGUCACCCCGGUUAGCUCUAGUCCUUCAACAAUUUCUGGAGUAGCUUCAAGCUCUGCACCAGUUACACCCGCUGUUUCUGUUGUUAAUGCUCCAUCUACGGUGGUUUCUGGAUCAUCAGCAAAUUCUGCUACUUUGCACCCUGUUAUAACAAGCUCAAUUAGUGUUUCUUCACCUGCUGCUACACUGGGGAGUAAUGCAGAUCCUGCUUAUUUGGCUAGCUCCAACCAGGCACCUAUGAAUGGCGUGGAGAAUUCGUCUCCUCAAGUUGUUGCUUCCUCAGGUGUAUCUUCCAUACAGGAUAUUGAGCAGAUGAAGAAAAGUACUGCUACAAACAUUCAUGUUACUGUUUCAGAGGAGAAAGCAGCAGAUGAAGAACCUUUGGUCUAUGCCACCAAGCAGGAGGCCAAAAAUGCUUUUAAAGCUCUAUUAGAAUCAGCCAAUGUGGGAUCUGACUGGACUUGGGAUCAGACAGUGCGAGCAAUAGCCAAUGACAAACGGUAUGGAGCACUGAAAAUUCAUGGUGAGAGGAAGCAGGCAUUCAAUGAGUACUUGAUGCAAAGGAAGAAACUGGAGGCUGAGGAGAGGCGCCUCAGACAGAGAAAAGCCAAGGAGGAAUUCACGAAGAUGUUGGAAGAGUCCAAGGAACUUACAUCAUCAACAAGAUGGAGCAAGGCAGUAACAAUUUUUGAAGAUGAUGAACGGUUCAAGGCUGUUGAAAGAGAGGCAGAUCGUGAAGAUCUCUUCAGAAACUAUUUAGUGGAUCUUCAGAAAAAGGAAAAGGCAAAAGCUCAAGAGGACUACCGAAGGAACAGAGUAGAGUAUAGACAAUUCUUAGAAACAUGUGGAUUUAUCAAGGUGGACACACAGUGGCGGAAAGUUCAAGAUCUCUUGGAAGAUGAUGAAAGAUGCUCGCGCCUUGAAAAAAUUGAUCGCUUGGAGGUUUUCCAGGAAUAUAUUCGUGACUUGGAGAAGGAAGAGGAAGAGCAACGGAAAACACAAAAGGAACAAUUGAGACGUGCUGAGCGCAAGAACCGUGAUGCUUUUCGUAAUAUGAUGGAAGACCAUAUUGCUGCUGGCACAGUCACUGCUAAAACACUAUGGCGUGACUAUUGUCCAAUGGUGAAGGAGUCCGUGGCUUAUCAGGCUGUUGCAUCCAACACUUCAGGUUCUACACCAAAGGAUUUGUUUGAAGAUGUUGUGGAAGAGUUGGAAAAUCAGUAUCAUGAAGACAAAACACGUGUUAAAAAUGUCUUGAAGUCAGAAAAGAUAACAUUCUCACCAUUAUGGUCAUUUGAGGACUUUAAAGCUGCUAUUCUGGAAACCAUUGGUACCCCAUCCAUUUCUGAGGUUAAUUUGCAGCUCAUUUUUGAGGACCUCAUGGAGAGAGCCAAGGAUAAGGAGGAGAAAGAAGCUAAAAAGCGUCAACGGCUUGCAAAAGAUUUUGUUGAGAUGCUGAGCAAUGCUGAUGAAAUAACUGCUGCUUCUAGUUGGGAGGAAUGCAAAGAGCUUGUGGAGGAUAGCUCAGAAUACAAAGCUAUUGGAGAAGAGACAACCUUGAGGGAAAUCUUUGAGGAAUAUGUUACUCGCUUGCAGGAGAAGGCAAAAGAAAAGGAACGCAGACGAGAGGAGGAAAAGGCUAAAAAGGAUAAGGAAAAAGAGGAGAAAGAAAAGAGAAAAGAUAAAGAGAGAAAAGAGAAGGACAAGGAGAAGGAAGAGCAGCGUGAGAGAGAAAAGGAGAAGGGAAAAGAACGUUCGAGAAAGGAUGAUGCUGAUAGUGAGAGUGUAGAUUUCGUUGAAUAUGAACACAAAGAAGAUAAAAAGAGGGAUAAGGACAAAGAUAGGAAACAUCGGAAACGGCAUCAUAGCUCUACUGAUGAUGUGACUUCUGAUAAGGAUGAGAAAGAGGAAACUAAGAAGUCCCGUCGACAUAGUGGUGAACGGAAGAAGUCAAAGAAGCAUGCACAUUCACCUGAAUCAGACGGUGAAAGUCGACGCAAGAGACACAAAAAAGAACGCGAUGCAUCUCGUCGUAGUGGUGGAUACGAAGAGCUGGAAGAUGGUGAACUCGGUGAGGAUGGUGAAAUUCAGUAGUGCUUUUUGUUUUGUGCAUUAGUGCUUUCUUACUAGAACUCUUCAUAGCCUAGUACACUAUUUUACUGCAAGAUUUUGUCUAUGAUUUUUUAGUCGCAUCUAACAACACUAUGAUGUAACCUGUGUCGGUACCGAGUAGUGUUUUGUUAUACACUGGUGUAGAUUGCCGCUGCAAAUGCUAUUUUCAUCAUGAAAAAGAUGAGCUGUUACUAUACACAAAAAUGUAGAUUGUUUACCUUAUUGGUACAAA